AUGAGGAACGAGCCGCUGGCCUGGCCCGCGGUUUCGGCCCAGGCGGCCUCGCUGCUAGAGGAGGCGGUGGAUCUGCUGGUGCUGCACCGAGACUUCGCUGCCGCCGUGGAGAAGUGCGAGGCGGGAUGCGACAGCCUGGACCCCGGGGCCGGCUCCAGCCCCGAGAGUAUCCUGUUAUACAGCAAAGUGAGAGAGCCCCAGGUGAUGCUGGAGGUUGGCAGUAGCUGGCUUGGAGAUGAAACGAAUAAGAGCCUCCCCGAAUAUGGCUCAUUGCUGGAGCUCUACCUCUUGCAUGUGUUGCUUCCGCUGGGCCGGUUUGAGGGGACAGAAGAGCUUGUAUGUGGCUGUGACGCUUUUGACAGUGAACAGCAGCAAGCAUUGCUUGGGACUGUUUAUGAAAGCAGAUGUCAGUGGACUCAAGAGGAAAAGAUGCACUCAGAUGCUGAAGAACACCAAGAUGCAGCAACAGAAUCUGUUUUGGGUGCUCUGUCCCAAAAGCUCUUGACUGUGUUGACAUUGCUACGUCGAGCACUCAGGUCCAUGUCAAGCCACUUCUAUUUACUUCCUUACAAAAAGAUGCUCUUGGCUACUUUUCUGCUUUACCUGGUGGUGGUGAGAUUAGAUCCAGCUUCUCCCACAUCAUUGCCGCUCAUUUACAAACUGGUCCAGCUCUUCCGACAGGCUUGGGCAGCCAUAUAUUCACCAAUCCACAGGCCUCCAAUUCAAGACUAG